AUGUCUAACCCUGGCGACGAUCGGGUGUGGAAAAUAGGGCUUCCCGUCCGCUCAGCCGUACUCAAGCCACACGCCGGUGAGUUAGUAGUUGGGUGGGUGACCACCAGCGAAUCCUCACUGUUGUAUGUUUUUUUGCUUUUUUUGCUGAUUGCCAGAGUCAUAUCAUCGCUCUGGAAUGUAUUUUCGACCUGCACAUAUGUAUAA